AUGGCUGUUCAGUCCGCCGCUGCGCGAUUCUUGGCAAAAGUCAAGGUUGGCACACCUGUGCCCCAGCGAACCUCCGUCAUUGCAGACACGGGAAGUACCAUCUGCGCGUUCACUUGUACGGGCUGCAGAACAUGUGGCCAACAUUUGGAUGCGAAUUUCGACUUCUCAAAGUCAAAGACGGCGGAGUGGGUCAAGUGCAACAGGAGGGGUUGUGACGAUUGCAGGAUGAACUACUGCGCAUACAGGCAGAGCUACACCGAAGGCAGUUCAAUUGAAGGCUUCCGCUUCACAGACUUUGUCUCCCUUGGGGACGAGUUCCAAGAGAAUCCGCCGGUCAAGGUGCAGAUGGGAUGCCACAGCCGCGAGACCAAGCUGUUUGUUACGCAGAAGGCAAAUGGUAUCUUUGGCCUGGCGCCCCCGAAAAACAAGCAGCCGACCGUCCUAAUGGAGAUCUUCAAGGACCGGAACCACGUGAACUCUGCGAUUUUCGCCAUGUGCCUGUCCUCCCAGGGUGGUCUCUUGACUGUGGGAGGCUUCAACGAAUCCCUGAACUCUGCUGGUGUGAAGUGGAUCCCUCUCAGCGUGCAGGGUUUCUACAGCAUCAGUCUGACAAAGAUGGUCGUUGAAGGUGGUGCCGAGAUCUCAGGUGGCUUUGGGCACACCAUCGUGGACUCGGGCACGACGUACACAUACCUUCCAGAGCGGCUGUACCGCCAGUUGAAAGAUGCAGUCAAGUCCUACUGCGAGAGCCACAACAACUGUGCAGCGCAGGGAACCAGCAGCACAUGCUGGACUGUUUCAGGAGGAUCCUCCUUGUCAUCCUUCCCUCACAUCCGAGUAGUGUUUCGCGACGGCGUGUCGGCGAAUUGGUAUCCUAGCUCCUACCUUUACAACCGCGGCGGCAAAGCAUACUGCCUUGGCUUUGAGAGCAAUGGCCCUGUUUCGGAGACUGUCCUGGGAGCAACGUGGAUGAUUGGGCGGAAUGUGAUAUUCGACACGCAGUUGUCUAGACUUGGCAUGGCAGACGCAGAGUGCCCUAGUUUCUCUCAACGACCCCCUGGUCCUACCAAAGUGGUGUCACUGGAUGGGUCCUCCCGCCAAGCAGGCCAGGUACUGUAUUUGACAGCUGGGGUCAGUCAGCCGAUUUGGAGGUUCAUAUCGUAA